AUCUGAAGCUUAUCUCACACUUUUGUAUCUGAAGUUUAUCUCACACUGUUUGUGCCAAAGCCAAGCCCGGACAUCUUCAACCAACAUUUGAAGAUCCUACCGGUCUGAAACCAUGAAAUUGGCUUCAAUUAUCCACCAUAACAGCCUCCAAGCCUCACCUUUGGCCUUCACCAAUGGUUCCUUCAGAAAUUAUCCAGUCUACUCAUUCCAUCCGAACUCAAUACGGCCUCGGGCUCAAUUUGCCCAAUCUUACUCUCCAACACCAUUGUUAGCUGGCUCUGAACGGAGGUAUAAUUCAAGAAUUUUAUGCUCAAGAAAAACUGAACAAGGAGAACAGUUGUCUACAUCAGGGAAGGACAUGUCUCAUCCACAAUCAGUUGACAGUGUCAACGACGACGGGUCUGAGAAUAAUUUAUCUUCUGUUAGGACGGUAGCUCUAUGUGUGUUGUCAGCAGUAGCGUUUGGUGCUGGUUUGGGUUUCAUGGGUGGAGCGGAAAAGGCAUCUGAAUUUUUUGCUGGGUAUAUCCUAGAGCAGAGCUUGUCAGUUGACAACUUGUUUGUCUUUGUUUUGAUAUUCAAGUAUUUUGAAGUGCCCUUGAUGUAUCAGAAUCGAGUGCUUUCAUAUGGGAUUGCUGGAGCAAUAAUAUUCCGAUUGUCAAUCAUACUACUUGGGACAGCAACUCUUCAGAAAUUUGAGGCUGUUAAUCUACCAUUGGCGGGGCUACUCCUAUACUCAUCAUUCAAGUUGUUUGCUGAAGAAGAUGGAGAUACUGAUCUUUCUGAAAACUUCAUAGUAAAGACUUGCCAGAGAUUUAUUCCCAUAACUUCUAAAUAUGAUGGUGAUCGAUUCAUAACAGUUCAGGAUGGCAUUUGGAAAGCGUCACACAUUUUGGACAGGCUACACCUUUACUCCUUACAGUGGCCGUAAUUGAACUCAGUGAUAUUGCAUUUGCUGUUGAUUCUAUACCAGCUGUUUUUGGUGUUACCAGAGACCCUUUCAUAGUUUUCACUUCUAAUAUUUUUGCCAUUUUAGGUUUAAGGUCAUUAUACACACUCAUUUCUGGAAGUAUGUCAGAAUUGGAGUAUUUACAGCCUGCAAUUGGUGCUGUUUUGGGCUUUAUUGGGUGUAAGAUGAUUCUGGAUUUCUUUGGAUUCCAUGUUACUACCGAAGCGUCUCUUGCCGUUGUAGCCACAUGUCUCAGUGGUGGGGUGUUGUUAAGUCUUGCCAAGGGGAAGUCUGAUUAGAGGUACAUUCGAUCUAUAAGGAUGUGUGCCUGUCUAUAGUUCACUGAUCUAGUUUUUAUGAACUCAUCUGAUGUUUUCCCCAUGGACCCUUCUCAAUCCUCAAUUACCAAGAGUUAUAAAUGCUUAUUCUUGACUCCUGUUUGGUUAUCACUCUGGACCAAAAGCAGAAUCCAGGAAGAUAAGUUUAAGGGUGAGGGUGUUUUAUUUUUCAUUUAUUUACCAAAAUAAUACGUAGUAGACUCCAUUUAUUAAACUGGAAAAGUUUAACCACUACAGCAUGGCCUAUUUGUUCAAGCCUAUUGGUGUACUCACAGAGAAUUUUUCUGAAGAACUGUGAGCUCGAGGGGCUUAAUGCAGGCUAAGAUGACAAGAAACUUCAAACUUAUUCUCACUCCUCAUCCCUAAUAUGUUCGUUUAAUCAACUAUGGACACUCUGUAUAAAGCUCAUGCCUCAUGGCAAUCUUCUACCACAGUACAUUCACUACAAUCAAAGCUUACUCAUUCGGAAUGUGUGCUCAUUAAUUGUUCAUUGUACGUAGUUUUCAUUUAUUGGUGUACAGAAACAUUAUUGAUGAAGCUUUAAUUGCAAUAAAAUAAUUAAUCAAGC